CAAAGAAAGACGCGGACCAUUUGCCUCACUCUUUCCAUUUCUUUCAUUCAUUGCUAUCCGGAGUUACUAAAAUAAAUUUAUUUUGUUCCCGUGAUUGUCUCCAAGAUUUCUCACCGGCACUGUUAUCUCUCCGGCGGACGGCCGUUCUGUCUCAUUUUCUCUUCCUACUCCUCCGCCGGAAUUCACUGUUACACACGCUUUGUGUUUCCGCUUUCAGUCGCACGGAGAUCCGAUCGCCGAACCUCCGGAUUUCGCACUUGAUCAGGAAAAUUGUUGCUCAGCAGUUGCCUGCAUAUUUCUGGCUGCCAAUUUAUUUUGCCGAUUUUGAGGAAAGGACAACGUGGUUGUAUUUUUGAUGCUAAGCUAAACGAAACAGUUAACUGCAAGCACUAAGGAUGAAGGGAGGUUUGAAGGUUUCACAGAUCUCUCUCAUCCUUAUUGGUUUCAUCUGCAUAACUGUCCUGACUUUGGCAUUUGCAAGAAGUUCCUUUCUCUCAUCUUGGAUACCAUCUCAGAGUAAUAUCUUCCGUCCACCACCAGUGACAGAACAGGCAACAAAAUAUGUAGUAGAUCUAGGAAAAGAAAAUACUUCUGUGCAGGCAGAAGAAGGUGUAAGCUUUAAAUUGCAAGAAAAUUUUAUCAAUACAAACACUUCCUCACAAGGGAAGAGCACUGAAGAGCUGACUACUCAAACUGAUGUGGUAGAAGAUAGUCCUCUUAGAGUCACUAAAGAAGCAGAAGUUUCAGGAGCUAAAGAAGCAGAUAAAGCAGAAGUUUCAGGAGGAAAAAAUAAUUCAAAUGAAGAAAAAGACUCCAAUGCUCCAUUGCAUUCUCUAACCACAGAGAAUUAUUUCAAAGGACAACAUAGAGAAAAUUUGACAACUCAUCCAGAAAAGAAAGAUUGUAAUUUUGCCAAAGGUAAAUGGAUCAAGGAUGAUAAUCGCCCUUUAUAUUCUGGAUUUGGCUGUAAGCAAUGGUUGUCAUCCAUGUGGGCUUGCCGCUUGACACAGCGCACAGAUUUUGAAUAUGAGAAAUUACGUUGGAAACCUAAAGAUUGUGAGAUGGAAGAGUUCACAGGUUCUAAAUUCCUUAAAAGGAUGGAGAACAAAACUUUGGCCUUCAUAGGGGAUUCAUUAGGUAGACAGCAAUUCCAAUCACUAAUGUGUAUGAUUACUGGUGGUGAAGAGAGAACCGAUGUUCUUAAUGUGGGACAUGAAUAUGGUCUCGUAAAGGCUCGCCAUGCUGUACGACCUGAUGGUUGGGCUUAUCGAUUUCCAAGCACCAACAGCACUAUCCUUUACUACUGGUCUGCAAGUCUUUGUGGCUUGACACCCAUCAAUCCUUCAGAUCGAGCUACUGAAUAUGCCAUGCACCUUGAUCGUCCACCAGAAUUCUUGAGUCGUUUCCUUCCAAAUUUUGAUGUCGUUGUUCUAAACACAGGACACCAUUGGAACAGGGGGAAAAUUAACGCCAAUCGAUGGGUCAUGUACGUAGGGGGCAAGCCUAAUACAAACAGGAAGAUAGCAGAUAUUGCAGGCGCUAAGAAUUUCACAAUUUACAGUAUUGUCAAGUGGAUGAACUCACAGCUGCCUAAGUAUCCUGGCCUGAAAGCAUUCUAUCGCACAAUAUCACCCAGGCAUUUCUUCAACGGAGAUUGGAACACUGGGGGCACCUGCGACAACACCACCCCACACUCUGCCCUGGAAGUUUUACAAGACGAAUCUAGUGAUUCUUCUGCAGCAGGGGCAGUAAAAGGAACCAAUGUUAAACUUUUGGACAUUACAGCAGUGUCUCAGCUGAGAGACGAAGGCCACAUUUCUCGAUACAGCAUUAAAGCAACACCUGGAGUGCAGGAUUGCUUGCAUUGGUGCAUGCCUGGCGUUCCGGAUACAUGGAAUGAAAUGCUUUUCGCCCAACUCUAAUCCACCCCAACAUCCCAACCUGACAGCCACUUUCAAGGGCUCUUUAUUGCAAUGCCAGAGAGCUGUUGUGGGCGAGUCUGCAUCACCUGUAUCUCAAUCUAUAAACUUUACAGACUUUACAAACACAACCAUGAAGAAAUUUCGCUGUUGUAGCCAAGUCAGUCCAAGCAGAUGCAAAGGGUGACGAUUGGAGUGCUCUUUCUUGUACCAGAUUUCUUCUGCCACGGCUUUGCCAACUUGCUUUCGUGUAUCAACUUCACAUCCUCCACCUACCAUUGAUUUUUCCCAGUAAAUAAAUCGACUUCAAAGCAAAAAACUAAAGUGGUAUCUACUAGAACCAAGGAUGAAAAUGUGUAUCUUCCUGUCAUUAAAGAAUCCAUGUAAACAUGUACUUUGCAGAAUUGCAGAUGACACAAAAUUUAGCCUUUCAUGUUCAUUAUUAGACAUUGAAUGUAUAAUUGUAUAUGAAACUAGGCAUCCCUUAUCGUAUCACUAUACCAAAGGAACCAAAAA